GAAAAUGAAUGCGAUAGAGGAUGGAAAACAAGAAUAUACCGUCUUAUCUAAAAUAUAUCGACCAGUUUCACCAUAACACACACACACUCUCUGUAAGAUGCAAAGCAAGUCAAGCAACAAUGGUGGAGUGCACAUCUUGGUCUUCCCAUUCCCGGCGCAAGGCCACAUGCUUCCCCUCCUCGAUCUCACUCACCAACUCUCUCUCAGAGGCUUAGCCAUCACCAUCAUCAUCACCCCCAAAAAUCUCCCAAUCCUAACCCCUCUCCUCUCCUCCUCCCCCUCCAUCCAAACCCUAAUCCUCCCUUUCCCGCCCCAUCCAUCCAUCCCUCCCGGCGUCGAACACGUCCAGCACAUCGGCAACCAUGGAAACAUCCCAAUCAUGUCCGCCCUCACCCAACUCCGCGAUCCUAUCAUCCAAUGGUGCGCCUCCCAUCCUAACCCCCCCUCCGCCCUCCUCUCCGAUUUCUUCCUCGGCUGGACGCACUCCCUUGCCGAUCACCUCCGAAUCCCUAGGAUCGUUUUCUACUCGUCCGGAGCAUUCGCCAUCGCGGUGUUCGAUCACAUAUGGGCGAAUUACGAUUCUCUCAAGCCUGAAUCUGAUUUGAAAUUGGACGAUCUGCCUCGAUCGCCGAGCUUCCCGUGGGAUCGGCUGCCGUCGCUGUUCCGGCGGUGCAAGGAUUUGGAAUGUCGCGACAAGGCGGCCGCUGACUUCAUCAGGACUUCAAUGGCGGCAAAUGCUCUCGGCUGGGCCUCCGUUUACAACUCGUUUUGGGCCUUGGAAGGACAGUUCUUGUCCUUCAAUCAACGGGUUUAUAGUGUUGGGCCGUUGAAUCUGGUAGACGGGUCGGGUAAAUUAAGGACGGGUGAUGCCCAACCCGGUUCGGAUGAUGGUGUGGUGUCUUGGCUCGAUGGGUGUGGCGAUGGGUCUGUUUUGUAUGUAUGUUUUGGGAGCCAAAAGCUGCUCAAGGCGGCUCAAGUGGAAGCGUUGGCCGCUGGGCUCGAAAGGAGUGGGGUCCGGUUCGUUUGGGUUGUGAAAAAUCUGACGGCCCAGCAAGUGGCAGAUGGGUAUGGGCCGCUACCUGAUGGGUUUGAGGAUCGGGUAUCGGGCCGUGGCUUGGUAGUGAAGGGAUGGGCCCCACAGACGGCGAUACUGAGCCACCAAGCUGUGGGUGGGUUCCUGAGUCACUGCGGUUGGAACUCAACGCUGGAAGCUGUCGCAGCUGGGGUGAUGAUACUGGCUUGGCCCAUGGAAGCGGACCAGUUUGUGAAUGCUAAGCUCUUGGUGGAGUACAUGGACACUGCAGUCCUAAUCUGUGAGGGUUCGGAUACAGUGCCCGACCAAGCUGAAUUGGCUCGUAAACUUAGCGAGUCAAUGUGUGAGUGCGCGGCGCAGAGGGAUAGAGCCAAGGAUUUGAGGAAACAAGCUCUGGAAGCAGUUCAAAUUGGUGGUAGUUCCAUCACAGAUUUGGAUAAGCUUGCUCAACAAUUAUCUCAACUUUAAAUUGUACCCGUGAUUAUUCGAACCGAAAUAUCGGUAGUGUUAAAUUGUAGGAGUAUACAACUAUUUCUAAUUUUAUAUUGCGUUGAGAGAA